AUGGCGCAGGAGCUGCUAGAGAGACGAAGGCAGGAACGAAAGAAAAGGAAGGACUUGUUUCCCUGCGAUCCAGAGGGUAUUCCGGAAGUCUUCGAAGACCCCGAUAAAGACUUCUCUAAUCGUAAAGAAUUAGGUCAUGCUCGGAUUCCGCAAACGUGUCCCCUACCCACUAAGGAGAUGCUAGUUGAUCAAGCUGCGGGGGAACAACCCGGUUUAGUCGACGGUGAUUACAUCGUUUUCGAGUUACCCUCAAAGGCGCGGGGAGACAGAAUCUAUGCCGACGUAUGUCUUCGUGGGUUGAAGGGUAUGCAUUUGCCAGAACUGGGAGUAUUGAGAAUGCGGAAGAACACGUGGAAAUUCUGUUUCUAUCAGGCGAUCGUUGCCCUUCUGGCUAAGACACAGCUGAGAUAUAAGUAUGCUUGGAGCGCGAACGUCGAUUAUAUCUACGACCACGCGUGGAUGUUGUACAGUCACAUUGGGAUGAUCAACAUUAAGAAGAAACACAGACUGGAUGACAUCGUCGUAUACAAUUACAAGUACAGCAUCGAAGUGAGAUUAAUCCAAGAACUGAACGACGUUCCUAUCGUCACGGAUAUUUCAUGGGAUUACGAGGAAAAGAACUUACGUCGGAAGAUAGUCCUGGAACGCAGAGAGUUGAUGAACGUUAAACUAGAAAUCGGUUCCGAGAAAAUAACCGACGAACAAAUGGCACCCGUACAUAGAGGUGUCAAAAAGAUUCAGGAUUGGUUCGACAAGCUUAAAAUACGUUAUCGUAACUGUAUAUUUCGCACCACGCGAUUCUCUUUGGCUUUCUGGAAUGAUAAUCUGUUCUGGUAUCUCUACAACCCAUAUCGAUGCAACGAAUUUGGUUAUUGGGAUGACUGCGGAUACGCGUGCAUCAUGAAAUUCUGUUCGAAAGAAUCACUUAGGAGGCACUUAAUGAUUCUUCUAUUAAGAGCCUACGUUUAUAUCCCCCCGAAACCAAAGAAGGAAGAAUCAGAGAAGAAACCAGAAGCCAAUGCUCCUGAAGCUACAGAGUUGUCAGCAACUGCAGAAAAAGCUAAAACUGUGGAUCAACCAAAAGUCACCGAAGUAACUACAGGGGAACCCAGUGCUACGAAGCAACCCAGUGUUGCUCAACCCAGUGCUACCCAACAACCCAACGCUGUACAACCAAGUGCUACACAACAACCAGAAGCUACGGAAAAAGACGAGGGAGAAAAGUUCUUCACUGUCCAAAUUUUUCACGUGACUCAUCACUGUUGUCAAAUUCACAAUUUGAAGUUACUACAACGAGGCGCACCAAAACCACCAAAACACUACGUCAAGAAAAAGACUAUCGAUGACUGUCCUUUCGAUCCUCUGGACACGAGAGAUCCAUGCGCGAUCGAGCAAGAAGAAGGUGAUCUAAAAGAACCUAUCGAGAAACCAACAUGGCUGAAACUGUACAAGAUCGCCUGGACCAAGUGCCUUGCAGUCCCUCAGAAGAAGAAGGGUAGCAAGGAGCUCACGAUGGGCAAGAUGCGGUGGCACCAGUACGUUGUGGAGGAAUCGAACAAACUAUUCUCUUUAUGGGGCGAGAUUCACAUUACAGAUGGAAUGUUCGAAAGGGAGAAUCGUGGCAUGCAAACUUAUGCUUGCUACGUUGUUUGCGCUGGCAUGACCAGGAUCAUGGCACCAGAGUACUGGAGCUCGAAGAUUCUGGACGUAAUCGUAAUGUGCGGAGAUAGAUAUUAUACUCAUAGUAAAUUGGAGGCAGAGUUCAAGGCGACCAAGAACGAAUAUAGUCACGUGAACUGUUGGAACAGGUAUUUAAUGAGUCAUUUCAAGAUAGGCGAAACCAUGUUCGAGGCAAAGGUUCUGCCAGCAAUUUGCGGCAGGUUAUAUGCAAAAUCGAGCAAGUAUCUAUGGCAAUCCGUGGAACAAAUGUUCCUUAAGUACAAUUUUGGUAUUCUAACCUGCGAGAGCUCAUGUCUGGGUAUCUUUAAGUUCUGUGGAGCAUAUUACAUGUGCGAUGUGAACUCUUUGGGUCCGCCACUAUUUUCUUAUGGGGAGGGGGCAGUUUAUCUGUUGAGAGCCACAUAUUUUUUGAAAUUCAUCACGGUUUUGGUACUAACGAUCGGUUCACCAGAAUGCAGUCAGUUUGCUCUGAACCCUAUAGAAAUAUUGAAGGUCGUCGAUGUGGGUCCGACCAUACUCCCCAUUGGGAGAACCGAGAAGAAGGAUAGGGCUAAGAGAGUGACCAAAGUGGAAUGUCCAUAUGAUGAGGAGAAGAAAAAGCAGAUGAGAAAGUGGAAGCAUAAAAGAGCGGAAACAGCGAGAACGAUUGAUAAGUUAUGCUGUAAAGGUGGCGAAUGA